CGUUGAAGUCGGUACACUACGCAAUCAACGCUAGUGUAAACCUAAAAAUCUUUGCAGUGUCGUUGGUGAUAGAGUGGCGGAGUGUUAAAGUGGCAAGAUGGUGAUGUGGUUUGGGGUGUUUUUAAGCUUGUGCACGUGGUGGUGGGCGGGCGCGAGUGCGCGGUCGCUAGAUCCAAGCGCGUGCGCGGCGCGCUUUGACGUGCAGCGCGAUAAAAUCAUCCGCACGGAGGAGUCGCGAGAGAUGGGCGCGCGCUACCUCGCUGAGCUAGACGUGGGAGCACGCCCAGAGUGCUUGCGUCUCUGCUGCGAGACUGACAGCUGCGAUGUCUUCGUGUUUGAGGAAAAGAGCCCGGGCAGCUGUUAUUUAUUCGCGUGUGGACCGCCCGAAGACUUUCGGUGCAAGUUCACGGCGCAUGGCAACUUCAGCAGCGGCGUGCUGGCAAUCAGUCGCCGCCUCGCAGAGCUACAGGACCAGGAGCGUCUAGCGCCAUUGAGGCACCAACUUGCCGACUUAAGCCGCGGGCGUAGCACGUCUACCACUCCUACACCACCACUGGCGCCUCACACACCUCCUCGUCCUACUCCAACGCAUUCAUCCUUACGAGUUGCUGCUAGCUCCACGCACUGCAGCCGUUACCAGUUCGCAUGCGCCACUGGCGGUGAAUGCGUUGCAGUAUACAAUGCCUGUGAUGGUGUGCCACAAUGCGCAGAUGGCAGUGAUGAAGCACCCGAGCUCGCUUGCCCACCGGCGCCAGGUCCCCCAGUUCUUGCAACCACAGCCUCACCACCACCCACACUCACGCAAGUCCGACUCGAAUCCGAAAUAGACACCGGCGGUGAACUCAGCGUUGCAGAAGCGGCGGCGGUAGCAGAAGCGGCUGAGCUCUGGCCUCAUCGUCUAACUCAAGCUCAGCCACAACAUCACUAUAACGACGCAGUACCUGGCCCGGUGACAGGCGAUGCAGCAACAGGCCCACAUAUUUUUAGCCACACAGGCGGCUUGGUGCAGCAGUUAAGCGAGCCAGUGGCGCCAGCGCUCAGCUGGGCACGUCACUCUUGGCCUCAACCACAUCGUGCUGAACCUGAAUGGCCCCCGCAGCAGCCGGCUGCACCUCCUGGCUAUUGGCCCGACACCGAACGCAUUUGGUCUCCGCAUCGCCUUCCACCCGCCCCAGCACAGAGAGUAAUGGAGCAUAGAGACAGUGUAAUCGACAACACAAUGCCUGAGCUCCCACUAAUAUAUGGAGGAGACCGUGGCGCGGUGCUGCGGGACUCGCCCAAGAAAGGUUUUGAGCUGAUGGCGGCCGCCGAUCGCGUACCGUUUACGCCGCCGCCUUCGCUACCACCCAGAGCGAUGAUUCCAAACGCUGUGCUGCUGCCAAACGCAGCACAUCCCCUGCAGACCAUACCAAUAGAACAUUCGUCUACACCACUUGAAAACACCACCAAGAAAAAAGACAAACAACCAGAGUUAGAUAACACGAUUGCGGCUCCGAAUCAAAAUGGGAAGCUAGCUGUGCUACCAAAUGAGCAAGGGCUAUCAAAGCAGGUUAAACAGCGGGCUUCAAUUGAGCAGCAUGAAGAUAUCGGGCGGGUUGAAUUGGGGCAGCACGAGCAUUGGGCCAGUGAUGAGCACGAAGGUCUCAGCGAACACCCGCCUGCUGCGCUGAUGUUACUUGUUCUCGGCACCCUGCUAACCGCUGCGUUGGGCGCGUUGGCAGGCUGCCGGCUGCGUGCUGCAUCACGCCGGCGUCGCCAUCACAAACGGUAUGCGCUCGAUGCUGAUUACCUCGUCAACGGCAUGUACCUUUAGCCACCUAAUAUCAUGCCCACAUAUCAGUUUAAUGUGUGGAAAGGGAAACCAAAUAAUCAUCAGGUCUCUUUAGAGCAUGCACUCUUUGCCAGUUUUGUUAAGCGCGUAUACAAUUUGUAUAAACAUUACUCAGAACAUUUAAAUUAUGGAGUUGCAUAUGCUUUUUUAAUAUUGCUAGUUAAGUAAUGUUGCAAUGUUAACACGCAUACGUCGAAAUUGUGAAUUCAAUGUAAAUACUAAACAGUAAUUAAUUAUUUACUAUUAUUGAUGUAAUCCUAUUGCACACUGUAGUGUUAUUGAACUGAAAAACGAAGAUGUCUGUUUUAUACCUCUGUUGUAAUUAAUUGUUAUAAGAUUAUGUAAAUAAUGUAAAAACAAUUCUUAAACUAGGUUAUCCUGUAUAUGUGUAGAUACUUGAUAACAUUUUAAUAGGACGGAGGGUCGUAAGCCUCCCCACAAUGCGUGGUUACGGUGGACCUAACUUUUGAAAUAAAUAGGAAACGCGUACGAAGUGACCUGUUCUAGAGAUUUAAAAAUUUAUAAAAAAUAUCAAUACUAAAGUAAAUUAUGUAUUUUAGGAUUGCCUAAAACUAUAUU